AUGCGACCUACUCAAGCUCUCAGAUCCGGCGGCGCCGACACCCCGCUCGGCAAAUAUGGAAAGUAUCUCGGUCACUGGGGUGCCUUUGGCAGCCUGAAGCAAAAGGGCAUCGUCACCUACGCCAUGUCCCCCAACAAGCAGAACCCAUUCGCGGGCGCCGCCCACGACGCCGUCUUCAACUCCUGGCGCCGAUUCAGCACGCAGGUCCUCUACGUCGCGCCUCCGAUGGUGUUCUUCUACUACGUCAUGACGUGGGCUGUUGACCGAAACCACUACCUGAACUCGAAGCAGGGCCGAGCCGAGUUCGAGGGCCAGGAAUAA